AGUGUAUCGUUAUUUACUAACCUCAGGAUCUGGACUUGGUGGAUUUGGUUUUCAACGAGCAAGUCCAUUGAUCUUCUUUCCACUUCGAUUGCUUCUUGCUUGUUGGUAAUUUGUAUUAUACCGUUCAUGCACGGCUCCCUGAAUUCAAGGAAAGAACCAAAACAUGAAAAGCUGGCUGAAAGUCCUCGACCCGGUGCAAGAGCAGAGGGACUGCCUGCUCAAUUUCGUGGCAGAGGAAAUGCCACUACUGCUGGGGCAUCGCUAUUGUUCCGCCCGACGUCAAGAUAUCCUACUUUGAGCAAGGAUCCAACGCCAACGGCAGGAAUCGACGUGUCCAAGCGAUUUGAUGUAACAAGAGGGAUUUCACCAAACGACAAGGCAGUCAAACGAACCGCAAUAAAACCAAUGGAAGAAGAACAAUCACAGAAAACGAACGAAGAUGAACCUGUGGCUUUGUCUCAAGGAAAAGUGAGAAUGCCAGACCCUGAAGCCGCUGCAAAUCCACGAGUAAAAAUGGAUGACAAUGCAUUAUCCCGAAGUUCAGAGUUUCCUCCUAAUAAUAGAAACCCUGGGAAGGAAAAAAUAGAGACUGCAAGACAAGACAUGCCUAUAAAAAUUAUUCGGCCUACUCCCCGUGUGGUAUCGCCGAGAUUUAACCCCCAAAUUCCUAAUCAAGAAGAGAAAUUUAUGCCCCCUCCUCGAGUCAAUUCUAUCUCCCAUCCCAAACGUCGAAUCAGUUAUAUUCCUUACGGUGGUUUCGAUAGUUUCUUAGAUAAUUAUUAUGAUGACGAUCAAACCGUCUCCAGAAACAAUAUUUUGGAAGAAAAUGAAAACUUGGAAGGUCAGUCCGAGUCGGAUGAAGAUGCAAAUUUAGACGUCGAGUCGUAUACUCCAUCCAAUGCUUCUUCGGAUGCAGAGCCCAAUGUCCGAUCUUUUACUGAUUCCGCUCGCUCACUGGGUCCAUCAGAUGAAGGUUUGAAAGCAUUUGACACAAGUCCAAAUCACCUGAAUUUACGUUCAGAUUUCGAUUACAUUAGCUCACAGAAUUUAAAUCGCAAGAACAGAAAAUCUCCAUUCCCUCAACCCCGUUAUCCUAAUAGCCAAACUUCUUUGGUACCUACUUCCGCUGAAAGUAUUGGCCCUAUACCAAUAAACGUUUCAACCGAAGAGCAACACGUCCCCCAACAUAAUGCUAACUUUAAAGCUGCAGAUCGAGAUGACUUGCGAGGAGAAUCUGCACGUUUAAGAAAAAUUCCUUCCUCUUUGCAAACUGAUGCACCCAUUCCACCUGUUCCAAUAAUUCGCAAUAUUCCACCUUCUCCCGCUCCCAUUGCUCGAGCGGAAAGCACUCCUGUGGGUAACUCCAUAAUGGCUUCUCGAGGAUCACCAAAUCUUUCUUCUAGAAAUGGUAUGAACGACAUCGAUUCAAAUUUAACUGGUGAUGUAAAAGGAAUAGAAGAAAACAUUGGUGGAAUGUCAAUUGAUAACUCGUCAUCUCCCGCUGUUUUAGAAAUGAAUACUUCUGAACCAGACAGUGAUGCUAUUCCUUGCCAUCCCGAUGAUAAGCUAUUAAUUCCUCCACCAAAGAAUGUUACACAUGCUGAUUUGAUGACUGCAGAGCAGAGUUUGAGAAAAAGUAGAGGUAUAAGUCCUUUAGAUGAGGUUGAUUUGGCUAAGUUAUAUUUGGAUGCUCUUGAAACUUUGGAAAACAAACCCAUUUUGGCUCCUGAUCAAGCUACUUAUAAUACUAGAAUUUCGGUCUAUCGAACUAGAGCAAUUGAAUUACUAAAAAAACACGCUUUUCCUAACAAAACACAACAUUCUGUGGCUGAAGCAAUCUUUUUAAUUGGUCAAUUUUAUAGCCAAGGAGUGUUGGGAUUUCAGCGUGAUGUGCAAAAGGCAUUUGAGCUUUACAGCCUAUCUUCAAAGAAAGGGCAUCCGCUUGGAACUUACCGAACCGCCGUAUGCCUUCAAACUGGUAUCGGAGUGAAGCCUGAUGCUCGCAAGAGUGUGCUGUUAUAUCGAAAAGCAGCCGAGAUGGACAUUGUCGAGGCUAUGUUUCGAGUGGGACUCAUUUAUUUGAAUGGUUUGUUGAGCCAAAAGGUUGACGUACCUCUUGGUAUAGAAUAUAUGGAACGUGCUUGUGAGACGCAGAGGCCUGAAGCGGUACGUGCGAUGUACGAAUUAGCUAAGAUUUACGAACGCUCCAAGCGUUUUGGUAUUUCUGUAUCUUCUGAAAGAAAGUUUGAGCUUUAUAAGUUAUCGGCUUCCUACGGCUUGCCUGCAGCUCAGUGCAAGUUGGGAGAGUGCUUUGAACAUGGGUUAUUGAAUUGUGUUCCAGAACCAAGGCGUAGUAUUUUUUGGUAUACUAGAGCCGCUGAGCAAGAUUAUGGAGAAGCAGAAUUAGGCUUAUCUGGAUGGUAUCUAACAGGAGCGGAAGACAUUCUUCUCAAAAAUAAUGAAGAAGCCCUCCUCUGGGCCCAUAAGGCUGCUGUUAAAGGACUUGCUAAAGCUCAGUUUGCGGUAGGUUUUAUGAUGGAACAAGGUAUUGGUAUUUCUGCUGACCCUGCUGCCGCCCAUAGUUGGUACAUCAGAGCCGCCAAGCAAGGUUUUGUGAAGGCUCAAAAGCGCUUGGAAGAACAAUCUUUAUCUACUAAGAAAUCGCAACCAAAGAAAAAUAGCAAGAAGCGUGAUGAACAGUGCUCAAUAAUGUGAAAGGGCCCGCCAAAAUAUCUUUGCUUGCUUGCUUGAAAUUUGAUUGAUUGCAUAUGAAAGACUUCUUGCUCCUACUUACCUAUUUCUGUUUAUGUAAAUUAUUGUUAUAUUCAUUUUUGAUGCCUUUUAUACUUCACUUUCGUUUUUGAGGUUACUUUCCUCGUUUUUGCUUUUUGCUUUUACCCGUCAUUUCUGAAUGAUUUUCUGUCAUGUGAAAUUUUGUUUUUAUUUUUGUUUUGACAGCAUUUGAUGAAGUGUUUUUUUCUUUGUUAUUUAGUAUAGAUUACUAUAGCUUACGGAAAUAUAUGUCUUAAUUAAAUUUCAUAGCAAGACUAAAAAUUAAUCAAGUGAUAUUUGCAACUUCAGAGAAAUAAAUAACUGAGAAGUUAUUCGUUAUUGCGAAUGCACAUUACUGGUAGUUAAAUCGAAUUGUA